AUGAAGUACUCGGCCGUCGCUCUUCUCUCCCUUGCCCAAGGCAUUGUUGCUAUCCCGUCCCUGCUGGGACAGAUCCAGCAGAGCCAGUCCAAGGUUCUGGUGCCUGAUAAGGAUAUAUCUCUUUUUAUCAAGCUUUCACAGAUUCCUAUGCACAGGGACAAGCCCCACACUAAGCAGGAGGAUAUCUGCUGGCUCCUGUGCGCUUCUGAGGAGAUUCAGUGCCCAGAAGAAUGGUUUUCCCUUCAUCAGGUUAGAUCGCCUUAUUGA